AUGGCCAGCGAGGAGGGCCAGCUCAAGACGCGGGUGUCCGACCGUCUGAUGGCGCUCGUGGGCUACUCCGAGGUCAUGGUGGUGCGUCUGGUGCUCCGCCUCGCGCGGGACAGCGCCUCGCCGCCCGACCUCGCGGCGCGCCUCGUCGACCUCGCCGGCCUCCCCUCCUCCGCCGACACCGUCGCCUUCGCGGAGGACGUGCACGCCAUGUUCCCCCGCAAGGGCUCCCGCGUCAGCGAGUACCGGAAGCAGGUGCAGGAGGCGGCGGCGUUCGCCAGGAAGCAGAGCGCCCUCAAGCUGCUCGACGAUGAGGACGAUGUCGCCAAAGACGCCGGCGCCACCGCCACCGCGUCGUCCUCUAACAACAGCGGCAGGAAGCGUUUCAGGCAGAAGGCCGCGAGCCAAGGGGAUGACGACGGCGAGGAGGAGGCGAGUGUAGUGCGCGAUUCAGGGCGGAAAGUGCGAGCGCGGCGUGGACCGGCGGAAGACGGCGGCGACUCUGGUGGGGAGGAACUACAGGAGAUGGACCGUGACCAGAUCGAGAAGGCUCAGCUCGACCGGCACAUCAGAGAACGCGACGCGGCCAGCACUAGGAAACUGACGGACCGGAAGCCGUCCAAGCGAGAACAGGGCGAGCUCGCCCGGCGGUCCGAAGCCAUGGACAGGGGCGACACCUCGGAGCUCAGGACGGCCUCGCGGCACGCGUACCUGGAGAAGCGGAAGAAGAUGAAGGUGGAGGAGAUGCGAGACGAGAUCAUCGACAACGAGCUCAUCUUCGACGGCGUCAAGAUGACCAACGCCGAAGAGGAGGAAUUCAGGCGCAGGAAGGAAAUCUACGAGCUUGUCAAGGACCGCGUCGGAAAGGACGCCGACGCCGGCGACUACUACAGGAUGCCAGAGGCAUACGACGCCGCAGAAAACGUGGAUCAGGCCAAGCGGUUCGCCGUUCCGAGGCAGCGGUACCAUGACCCCGAGGCGUCGGCGGCGAGAGACGGCAAGAGGAGCAGUUUCUUCUCGGAGCAGGAGGCCUGGGAAGAGCAGCAGAUAAGGAAGUCUCGGCUGCACUUUGGAUCAGGUGAUGGUGGCCGGGCCGGCGGCGGCUACGAGCUCGUCUUGGAAGACGUGGUCGACUUCGUCAAGUCAACGGUGCAGUCCGGCGCCGAGCCGGACGGCGAGAUGGACGAACUGGCCGAGGCCGUCGACGCCAAGGUCAAGUUACAGCGGGAGCUGCAGGACGAGCGGAAGAACCUACCCGUGUACAAGUUCAAGGACGAUCUGCUCAAGGCCAUCGAGAAGUACCAGGUGCUGAUCAUCGUCGGAGAGACCGGCUCCGGCAAGACCACGCAGAUACCGCAGUACCUCCACGAGGCCGGGUACACGGCCAAUGGGAAGAAGAUCGCGUGCACGCAGCCGCGGCGCGUGGCGGCCAUGAGCGUGGCGGCGAGGGUGGCGCAGGAGCUGGGCGUCAAGCUCGGGCACGAGGUCGGCUACUCCAUCAGGUUUGAGGACUGCACCUCGGACAAGACGGUGAUCAAGUACAUGACGGACGGGAUGCUCCUGCGCGAGUUCCUCGGCGAGCCGGACCUGGCGAGCUACAGCGUGGUGAUCGUGGACGAGGCGCACGAGCGCACGCUCUCCACCGACGUCCUCUUCGGCCUGGUAAAGGACAUCGCGCGCUUCCGGCCGGACGUGAAGCUGCUCAUCUCCAGCGCGACGCUCAACGCCGAGAGGUUCAGCGACUUCUUCGACGAGGCCCCCAUCUUCAAGAUCCCCGGGAGGCGGUACAAGGUGGACAUCCACUACACCACGGCGCUGGAGGCGGACUACAUCGCCGCCGCCGUCGUCACGGUCCUGCAGCUGCACGUCAAGCAGCCCGCCGGCGACAUCCUGCUGUUCCUCACGGGGCAGGAGGAGAUCGAGACGGUGGAAGAGCUGCUGAAGCAGAAGAUGAGGACGGUCGGCAGCAAGAUUGCGGAGCUGGUGAUCUGCCCGAUCUACGCGAACCUGCCCACCGAGCUCCAGGCCAAGAUCUUCGAGCCGACGCCGGAGGGCGCCCGCAAGGUGGUUCUGGCGACCAACAUCGCCGAGACGUCGCUGACCAUCGACGGGAUCAAGUACGUGAUCGACCCGGGCUUCUGCAAGCUCAAGUCGUACAACCCGCGCACGGGCAUGGAGUCGCUGCGCGUGGAGCCCAUCUCCAAGGCGUCGGCGGACCAGCGCGCCGGCCGGUCGGGGCGCACGGGCCCGGGCAAGUGCUUCCGCCUCUUCACGGAGUACAACUUCAGGCAUGACCUGGACGACGACACGGUCCCGGAGAUCCAGAGGAGCAACCUGGCCAACGUGGUGCUGCGGCUCAAGGCGCUGGGCAUCAACGACCUGGUGGGCUUCGACUUCAUGGACCCGCCGGCGUCGGAGGCGCUGCUCAAGGCCCUGGAGGAGCUCUUCGCCCUCGGCGCGCUCAACAGCCGCGGCGAGCUCACCAAGACCGGGAGGCGGAUGGCGGAGUUCCCCCUGGACCCCAUGCUCUCCAAGGCCAUCGUGGCGUCGGAGAAGUACGGGUGCUCCGAGGAGGUGGUGACCAUCGCGGCCAUGCUGUCGGCCGGCAACGCCGUCUUCUACCGGCCCAAGGACAAGCUGGUGCUCGCCGACACGGCGCGGCAGGCCUUCCACGCGGGCAACGUCGGCGACCAUGUGGCGCUGCUCAACGUGUACAGCGCGUGGAGGGAGUCGGGCUACUCGUCGCAGUGGUGCCGCGAGAACUUCGUGCAGCCGCGCACCAUGAAGCGCGCGCGGGACGUGCGGGACCAGCUGGAGGCGCUGCUGGAGCGGGUGGAGAUCGAGCACUGCUCCGGCGCCGGCGACCUCGACGGGAUAAGGAAGGCGGUCACGGCGGGAUACUUCCGCAAUGCCGCGCGGCGGCAGAAGGACGGGUCGUACCGUGCCGUCAAGAGCCGGCAGACGGUGUUCGUGCACCCGAGCUCCGGGAUGGCGGAUGUGCCGCCGGCGUGGGUGGUGUACCACGAGCUGGUGCUGACCAGCAAGGAGUACAUGCGGCAGGUGACGGAGCUCAAGCCGGAGUGGCUGCUGGAGAUCGCGCCGCACUAUUACCAGCGCAAGGACAUCGACGGGCACCAGCCGAAGAAGACGGGCAAGGACAAAGGUCCAGCGGCGAGGCAAACCUGA